CUUAGAGGAAGCGAAAUUAAGAUUGUGUCACAUGUAAAGGGAGCCGCCGGUUCAAUCAGGAAGAAAAACAUUAACUGUCUGAGGGCAAUAGAAUCGAUUUAAUUGAGGUGACAUCAUGGCAUUGCUGUGAGGGUGGUAUGUAUGGUCGAACAUCACUUUACCGAACGAAAAGGUCUGCCCUUUGGCAGAUUGUUGCCUUGUUGAUCAUCCACCGGGAGAGGUUAACAGUGAAACAGCAUGUCCAUUGGGAAUGAAUCUUGCCUGUUUGAAUAUGGAUCAGUCAGUCUUCUCGCCUGCUUAGGUCACGUGUGGGAAGAGUGGGCGGGGCUUGGGCAUCUGGAGGACUACCUCAGUUUCCUGGAGUAUUUGCUCUGGGUUUUCACACCUCUGGCCGUAGUUUUCAUCCUGCCUUUCCUCAUAGUUAUUCUUCUGUAUCUCUCCAUCCUCUUUCUUCAUGUGUACAAGCGCAAGAAUCAGCUGAGGGAAGCUUAUUCUAACAACCUGUGGGAUGGUGCAAGGAAAACCCUGGCAACCCUUUGGGAUGGACAUGGAGCUAUAUGGCACGGUUAUGAAGUCCAUGGUUUAGAAAAGGUUCCAGAUGAAGGUCCAGCCCUGAUAGUCUACUAUCAUGGGGCCAUUCCUAUAGACUACUAUUAUUUCUUGGCAAAGGUUAUCCUUCAUAAAGGAAGAACUUGUCAUUCAGUGGCGGAUCAUUUUCUUUUUAAGAUCCCAGGGUUCAAGCUUCUUUUAGAAGUGUUUAGCGUGAUCCAUGGACCACAGGAGGAGUGUGUAAAGGCCCUCCGAAAUGGUCACCUACUGGGUAUUUCACCAGGAGGAGUCCGGGAAUGCCUCUUUAGUGAUGAGACAUACCCUUUGCUGUGGGGCAAACGCAAAGGAUUUGCACAAGUGGCUAUCGACUCUAAAGUGCCAAUAAUACCCAUGUUUACUCAAAACGUCAGGGAAGGAUUUCGCUCUCUCGGAACGCUAAGAUUUUACAGAUGGGUGUAUGAGAGGUUUCGUCUGCCGAUAGCGCCCGUAUACGGAGGCUUUCCAGUCAAAUUUCGCACCUACUUAGGUGACCCCAUUCCGUAUGACCCCAAACUCAAUGCAGCUGAAUUAGCUGAAAAGGUCCAACAAGCAGUUCAAGCACUUAUCGACAAACACCAGAAGAUACCUGGGAACAUCCUCAGAGCUCUUUUGGAGCGAUUCCAAAGAAAAAACAAAGAUUAGCACAUUUGCCUUCUCUCAAAUUGAACAAAUAAACUUUUUUGAUUCCUGGAGAUUAUUUAUGAAAUUGUUACUUCAUAAGAUCAGCAACUAUGUUACUGAUGCCGCAGUGGAAGUAUCUGGGUCAUGAAGAUGUAAGUAUCAGCAUAUUAGCAAUGUUGCAUAUCAAAACAAUGGUGCGUGUCUUUGUAACGUCUGGCUACGUGUAGUCUUGUGUGCAUGUUGGAGAACGUGUGGUCUUGAGUUUCUGUACGAUUUAGUUUGAAUACAUAAUUUAUUUGCACAUUUUGAUCUGUUUGAAGGACCACUGCCAAAAUAUUUUGUUGUCCACAAAGCCUUUUGUUACCUUUUAUGUCCUUUUUUAAAUAGCUUUCUCUCCUGCAUUUGUGAAUUGUGUUACAAAAUUUUGAGAAGCCAAUAUUUUCAACGUGAAAUCAAAGAUAUCGUUUAACUACCAGUUGUGUUGUUUUUUAUAUAUGAUUAAAUACAUACUGUGAUUUUUUUCUGUUAAAGUUUCAAUGAAGACUUAAAUUGAUUAGAUGUACAUACAGUACAGUUGUUGUAACAACAAAACAUGUGUUGUUUGAUGUUGAAUGGAUAUACCUUUUAAUAUCUCUCUUUAUUAACAGUCAGAAACAAACUGCUGUCUAUAUAUUAUCAGUUGGUAUUGAUGACAUGGUUUGUUCAGCUUUUAAACUUGUCAGACUAAAAGCAAUCUGAUUUUAAUAGCUUAAUUGUUACGCAGCUAUUGAUGAUUUUAUACAGACGGCAAAGCAUACAGGUCUUUCAACCAAACAUUAAGGCUCUUGAAUCUAAUAUGUUGUUUUGUGUGAUCUUGACUCUUUGGAAAUUGUUGUAAAUGUAUGAUUUUAUAACAGAUUGUAUUAUUAAAAAUAAAUAAAUCAUAUUUCUAUGGAGUUUGUUGUUAUACUCUGUUUUCAAAUUCAAACUUGAUCAUCUUUUCCCAUGAUCCUUGCAAUUAAAUAUCCUGUUUGUGACAUAAAGAUCAAAUGUAAGCAUGUGCACAGUUUUUGUCACCUUAAGUCAUGUGAUGUGUGUACAUUCAGAGUAUAAGGUCUGGUGUGGGGUAUGCAAAUGCACCAGUGUUAGGACAAUAUGUAUAUAAAUCUGGUAUUGACUUACAACAUCUGUGCAUCUAUUGUAAACCCCUCCCACCAAAAAAAAUAAUCACUGGGAAAAAUAAAUAAAAAA